AUGGCGUUUGCUAUGGUAUGUGAUAGAUAUGUAGCUACCUGUAGUCGAUUGUUCUAUAAUGUCACCACGUCCCAAAAUGUAUGCAGUGUGUUGAGGACUUGGGUCUAUACCAUGGCAACAUUUGGAGUUGUAGCCCACAUGAUCUCCAUGAUCAGGCUUUCCUUCUGUGGGGACAAUAUCAUCCACCAUUACUUUUAUGACAUAUUUUUUCUCCUAAUGCUCUUCUGCUGCAAAACCUACCUAAAUGAGCUUCUGGUGAUAUUUGUAGAUGGAUUCAGUCUGCUGGCAACAACUACGGCCAUCAUCAUCUCUUAUGCCUUCAUACUUGCUAACAUUCUUCAAAUACCUUCAGCUGAGAACACAUCUAAAGCUUUUAGCACCUGGGGCUCUUAUUUUACAGCUAUUGGGGUCUUUUAUGGAUCCAUCAUAUUUAUGUAUUUUAAGUCGACAUCCAGCAGCAGCAACAUGGCCCGGGAGAAGGUAGCCUCUGUAUUUUACACCUCAGUGAUCCCCAAACUGAACCCUUUGAUCUAUAGCUUGAGAAAUAAAGUUGGAAAGAAUGUGCUGAGAGAAGUCAGGGGGAAGAGGUAUGGACCACUCCAGACUAGUAGUCAGAAUCACUAA